AUGGUGUCGGGUCUGAAGGUCCUUCUGUUCCUCAGUCUGCAUCUCUUUCAGGGAGUGAAAAACUCCAUGGUCCAUCUGAACAACAACGGCUAUGAAGGAGUGGUCAUUGCGAUUAACCCUGGUGUGCCAGAAGAUGAAAGACUUAUCCAAAGCAUAAAGGAAAUGGUAACCCAAGCCUCUACUUACCUGUUUGAAGCCAGCAAAGGAAGAUUUUAUUUCAGGAAUGUAAGCAUUUUAGUUCCGAUGACCUGGAAGUCAAAGUCUGAGUACCUAACACCAAAACGGGAAUCAUAUGACAAAGCAGACAUCAUAGUUGCUGAACCUUACCUGAAAUAUGGAGAUGAUCCCUACACACUUCAGUAUGGACAGUGCGGAGACAGAGGACAGUACAUACAUUUUACUCCAAACUUCCUCCUGACUGAUAAUUUGCCUGUGUAUGGACCCCGAGGCAGAGUCUUUGUCCAUGAGUGGGCCCAUCUUCGGUGGGGACUAUUUGAUGAGUAUAAUACAGACCGGCCCUUCUACAUAUCUGGAAAGAACACUCUCGAAGUCACAAGAUGCUCCACUGGCAUUACUGGGACAAAUGUGGUCAGUGAAAGUCAGAGAGGCAGCACCGUGACAAGGUCAUGCCGACGUGACUCAAGAACAGGACUCUAUGAAUCCAAAUGUACAUUUAUCCCAAACAAAGUUCAGAAUGCCAGGAACUCCAUAAUGUUCAUGCAAACUCUCAGUUCUGUGGUUGAAUUUUGCACAGAAAAAACCCACAACACAGAAGCCCCAAACCUACAGAACAAAAUGUGUAACCACAGGAGCACAUGGGAUGUAAUCAAGGAGUCUGCUGAUUUUCAGAAUGCCUCUCCCAUGAUAGGAACAGAAACACCGCCUCCACCUACAUUUUCAUUGCUGAAGUCCAAGCAGAGAGUAGUCUGCUUGGUGCUAGAUAAAUCUGGAAGCAUGGGCUCAGAAGACCGUCUUAUUCGAAUGAAUCAAGCAGCAGAACUUUAUUUAACUCAAAUUGUUGAAAAGGAAUCUAUGGUUGGAUUAGUCACAUUUGACUCAAUCGCCAUAAUCCAAAAUUAUCUCACAAAAAUAACUCAUAGUAGUGACUAUUCAAAGAUCAUUGCAAAUCUCCCACAACAAGCUUUGGGAGGAACUUCAAUUUGCACAGGACUUGAAGCAGGAUUUCACGCAAUCUCUUCCAGUGACCAGAGGACUUCUGGUUCUGAAAUCAUAUUGCUAACAGAUGGGGAAGACAGCCAGAUCAGUUCAUGCUUUGAGGAGGUCAAACGCAGUGGUGCCAUCAUCCACACCAUCGCUCUGGGGCCUUCUGCUGACAAGGGACUGGAGACCCUGUCAACCAUGACAGGAGGCCUUCACUUUUAUGCCAAUAAAGAUGUAACUGGCCUUAUGGAUGCCUUCAGUAGGAUUUCAUCUGGAAGUGGAGAUAUCUUGCAGCGGGCACUGCAGUUGGAGAGCAAAGCCUUGGAUAUUGCAGGGAGAAAGCAGAUAAGUGGUACAGUACCUGUGGAUGGUACCAUUGGAAAUGACACGUUUUUUGUUAUCACCUGGACAGUACAAAAGCCAGAAAUUAGUCUUCAAGAUCCAAAGGGGAAAAAAUACACAACCUCAGACUUCAAAGAUGAUAAGCUAAAUAUUCGCUCUGCUCGACUUCAAAUACCAGGCAUUGCAGAGACAGGUAUUUGGACUUACAGCCUUAUAAAUAAGAACGCCAGAUCUCAGUUGCUAACAGUGACAGUGACCACUAGAGCGAGAAGUCCUACCACACUCCCAGUAAUCGCGACUGCUCACAUGAGUCAAAACACAGCACAGUACCCUAGCCCGAUGAUUGUUUAUGCACGAGUCAGCCAGGGCUUCCUGCCUGUUCUGGGAGCCAGUGUCACAGCCUUUAUAGAAGCUGAAGAUGGACAUCAAGUCACACUGGAGCUCUGGGACAACGGGGCAGGUGCUGAUACUGUUAAAAAUGAUGGCAUCUACACAAGAUAUUUCACAGAUUAUCACGGAAAUGGGAGAUACAGCUUAAAAGUACAUGUCCAGGCAACAAACAACACAGCCAGACUAAGUUUAAGACAAAAGAACAAGUCUCUAUAUAUACCUGGCUAUAUUGAAGAUGGUAAAAUUAUAAUGAAUCCACCCAGACCUGAAAGCCAAGAGGCAGAAUCUGCAGUGGAAGACUUCAGCAGACUAACCUCUGGAGAGUCGUUUACCGUGUCUGGAGCGCCUCCUGGUGGUAACCACGCUCAUGUGUUCCCACCCAGUAAAGUCACAGAUCUGGAGGCUGAGUUUAAAGGAGAUGACAUUCACCUGACAUGGACAGCCCCUGGUAUGGUACUCGACAAAGGAAGGGCACACAGAUAUGUCAUCAGAAUGAGUCAGCAUUCUCAGGAUCUCCAAGAAGGUUUUCACAAUGCUACUGUAGUGAAUACUUCUGGUCUGGUACCUAAGGAGGCUGGGUCAAUAGAAAACUUUGAAUUCAAACCAGAAACCUUGAAAAUAGGAAAAAGCACCAUGUUCUACAUUGCAGUUCAGGCCAUCAAUGAAGCGAAUCUCACUUCAGCAACCUCCAACAUCGCACUGGCUGUCAAGUUUAUUCCUCCACAGGAACCCAGCAUCCCUGAUUUGGGUACCAAAAUGCCUGCACCUAGUUUGACAGUUUUUGUAUUUGUUGCAACUUUAUUCAUAUUUUGAACUGGAAAUUACUGCAGAACUUAACUUCAAUGUUAUU